UUUUAUUCAACAAUCAUUUCAUUGAAUUGCUCCUACUGCUUAAGAAUUCAUACAUUUAUCGUACAAAUUUUUGCUUUUUUUCCUGAUACCAGUUUUCUUCGUCUUAACAUAAUGAGCAGAAAAGAAGCUUUGUCAACUUUUAUUCAACAAAUACAUCAACGGCCAGUUGUCGUAAAAUUAAAUAGUGGAGUGGAUUACAGAGGCGUUUUAGCAUGUCUUGAUGGCUAUAUGAAUAUUGCACUGGAGCAAACAGAAGAAUAUGUUAAUGGUCAAUUAAAAAAUAAGUUUGGUGAUGCAUUCAUCCGUGGUAAUAAUGUACUUUAUAUAAGUACUCAGAAACGGAGAGUUUAGGAUCUAGUAAGUAAAAUUCAAUGUCUCAAUAAGUUUAUAUUGUAAAAACAGUUUUUUGAUAAACAAUAAAAUAUCUCAUGUACA